GGAGAAGGGAGGAAGAGAGACAAAGAGAGGAAAGGGCAAGGCUGAGAGAGAUGGAGAUGGAGAGAGAAAGGGAGAUAAAGUCACUCAGUUCAGCUCAGGAUCUCUAUGCCAGUCAAACCCAACCCCAUGCCUACCCCCAGCCCCACUCCUACUCCCAUCCCCAAGCCCAGAUCGAGGCCCCUCGUUCAGCCUUCCACCCGGUCAACACCGCUCUCCUCCAGGACAACCAGGCUCUUCACCAGGGUUAUCCACCACGGAGCUACACACCAACAGAGGCGUAUCCUGCUGCGUCUCGACCGUUACCACGGGAACAGACACAGAUCAACAGGAAGUUCAGCCUGACCCAGACGGACUACCCGCGGUACAGACGUGAUUCCUCCACCAGGCCACCAGAUUGUGCUAUAACAGUAACACCUAACUACCACCACCAGCAAGUCUCCCAAAGUGGAAGUUGUUGGAGUGGCCGGCUGUCUGCCUGUAGUAUGGACGAGGAGGACCAUCACCAGACGUCUAUGGUGGUUAACCCCACAUCAUCAUCAUAUUCAUCUUCAUCACUACUACGAAGCAGGGCUAUGUCCGAGAAUGAUCUACACUUUGACUCCACCUACCGCCGUGCUUCACCCUCGGUUGCUAUGGGGACACCACUGUCCGAGCUGGAGGAGGGAGGCGGGGUCGAAGGAGGAAGAGUGGGAGUGGGAGGACUUAGGGGAGUGGCUAACAAAAAUAAGACUCUACCCCCUCCGAGGCCACCUCCCCCCAAAUGGGAGCAGUUCCACCACAGGAGAGCCUCCCACCACACCCUCUUUGCCCCUCCUCUCUUCUCCACCUCUGCUUCUUCAUCCGUCCAUCCGUCAGUAAACCCCACCCCCCCUCCUCUCCCUCUCACUCCACCAGAGGGUCCCACCUCUCACCCCUCUCACCCUUCAUCUCACCACUGUCACCCUGAAAAGAGCGAAAUGACGCGUCAGCGCUCCUACAGCCUUCCGCCCCAGAGGGAGGAGCUAGAGGAGUGCCAGCGCUGCAGCAGAAGCCAAGUCCAGGAAUGGCCCUUUUCCCAGGAUCCACCUAGUCCAGGGUUCACAAGCAGGGCCUUCCGGCCGGUGGCCCCGCCCCAAAGAGAGAAAGACACUCCCUCUCACUACAACGAGACACUGCCGCCAUCAGAGAACUGUGUCAGGUUGUGCAACAUGGAUGACCAAGAUCGUCCUGCUGUAUUGAAGCCUAUCUCUCAUAGACAGCAGAGGGCCACGUCUGAGUGGGAGAGAACUCCGUCUCCCAGGGUGCAUAGCGUCUCAGGUCCACUCACCAUAGAGAAUGGUGUUAUCUCACCAGAGUCCUACUUCGCGAUGAGCUAUGAACAACAACAACAGUUACAGCAGAAUAGAUUGCGGAAUCACCCCCACAACAAUAACAACAAACCGGAAUUGGAACAAGAAUUAUUGGAACCGGAACUGGAACCGGAAUCCGAUUUCAGCCCGAGCCCCGACCAGAGCUUGGAACAGGAAGUGGACAUCCCCAUAGAAACGGACAUCGACGACUUCCAGGUGGAGGGGCUUCCCGAGGAUGAAGAGCCAAUAAGGACGGAGCUACAAUGUUUCGCCCUGCCCGUCACGGUGCUGGAGACUGACAUCGACACGCUCCCUGAUCAGGAGGCCUCGCCGGCAGGUAGGAUGACAGUGGAGAAUGGGUCUCUGGAUGGAGAAAUGGAGGACCAGGGGAUGAGGACCAGAGAAGAACUUAUGGAGGAGCUGUUUCCCCAGAGCAGUGAGGGCGAGGCGGGCAUGGAGAGCUGGAGAGGGGCCUACCGUAGCCCCAACCUGGAGCACAAUAUCGACAGCCUGGAUAGGCGUUCUGGUGCCAGCUCCAGUUGUUCGUCCUACUACUCUACCUCAGCAGCCAAAGCUCAGCUCCUCACUCAGAUGAAAGACUACUGCUCAGACACUAGAGACACUGAUGAUGAUGAUGAACUGUCUUACAAGAGGCAGUUGAUGGAGAGUCUACGUAAGAAGCUAGGCGUUCUGAGAGAGGCACAGAGAGGUCUACAGGAGGAUAUACGGGCUAACGCACAGCUGGGAGAAGAGGUUGAGAGCCUGGUGCUAGCAUUCUGUAAGCCCAAUGAGGUGAAUAAGUUCAGGAUGUUUAUCGGGGAUCUGGAUAAGGUGGUCAGUCUGCUUCUGUCUCUCUCUGGACGGCUACUUAGGGUUGAGAGCUCACUGGACAACCUGGAGGUCGAGACUGGACACCAUGAGAGGCUCCCCCUCCUGGAGAAGAAGCGUCAGCUCCUGGUGCAGCUGUCGGAGGCCCAGGACCUCAAAGAACAUGUAGACCGACGGGAGCAGGCUGUGGGAAGGGUGCUGGAACGAUGCCUCUCCCCAGAACAGCAUCGUGACUACAGUCAUUACGUCAAGAUGAAGGCAGCAUUGCUGGUGGAACAGAGGCAGCUGGAGGACAAGAUCAGGCUGGGAGAAGAGCAGCUAAGAGGGCUACGGGAGAGUUUAGGGCUGGGUCUAAGGAUGGGAUUAGGGAUGUCCAUGGGAUAUGGGCACUACUAAACCACAACCAAGAGACCUGAAAGCUGGGUGGUGUAUGGACACUAUUGAGAGAAAGUGAACAGGGACAGUUAGAGCCGUUAAGAACCUAAAGGGAGAGUCUGGGUCUGGGGUUAGGGAUGGGGAUGGCCAUGUUGAUGGGGUAUGGACACUAUUGAGAUAACUAACCCUAACUUAAAGUAGAAUUUUGCUUUCUUUAAACCAAAUCUCUUUUCCAGACACUUUUUUUGCGAUUUCACAUGUUUUUGAGAAACUUACCUUCACUUCAUCAUCCUUGUUGUGCAGUACGGGGGCUCUGAAAAACCAUGAGCAAAUGCUCCAAAAACACCCAAAUACGUCCUUUUAGAAACAGAAACACUGAGUAUAGUGACGCAGGUCUUUAGAUGUUGUACACGUGAAAUUGUGUCAUUCCAAACUUAAUCCGCAGUGUUAUAUUCCAUUUUGUGUGGAAGUGAAUUGCUGGUUGGGGUAAGUUUCUCAAAAACAAGUGGAAUCGCAAAACAAAGUGUCUGGACCCUUCUAUAACAAUCCAUUUACAUCAAAAAAAAUAUUUGGUUGUAAAAAAACAAAUGUCUCCUUUAAGGGAACUUUAGAGAUGGGUAGAUGGUGUUAGGGGAUGUAUAUGGGAUUCAGUCACUAUUGAGUGAAAACCACCCUACCCAGGGAGACCCUAGAGUGGGGUAGAUGGGCUUAGGAAUGGGGUUAGGGAUGGGGAGAGCCAUGGAAUGUCUAUGGGGUUUGGGAACUAUGGGGAGACAGCCAACCUAUGCAAGGAGACCCUAGAGUGGGGUAAAUUAGGAUGGGGAUGGGGUAUGGACAUUAUUGAGAGAGAACCAACCCAACCUAAGGAGAGCCUGGAGGGCUAUGGGAGAGUUAAGGAAUGGGGCUGGGGUUAGGGCUGAGGGAUGUCCAUAAAGUAUGGGAACUGUAGGGAGACAGCCAACCCACACACGGAGGCCCUAGAGUUGGGUAAACACGGAUAGGGAUGGGGUUAGAGUUGGGGGGUGGGAUAUGGGCACUACUUCCUAAACCACUCCAGUACUUUUCCUGACACUAACACCUACACAGUGUUACACAGAGGUGGCCAUAAAACCCCCACAAGAGAACACAUUAAGUCUGCACUUGGCAGUAUCUGUCCAUUAAGAAAUACACACCUACUAUUUGGUGUUAAGUGUUACUCUUAGGUGUAACAGUGUGUCUAUCUUUCACUUACCAACUGUAACCUCACAAUCGCAUACUACAUACACUACAAUACGAGGCCAAAGAAGAAGAAGUUGUUGUUUAGUGUGUGUUACUAAACAGGACUCGAGAAAGUAUUUAUUUAUUUAUAACUUCUCUGUUGAGCAAUACUGACAGGGAGAAUUUGGGGUGCUAGACAAUAGUAUUUUCAUUAAACUGUUGGGAAGUGCAUUGAAUACAUAGAAAUGGAUAGAAGGUGCAUGUGCCAAAAAGCUGCCCAUGCUGUCACAUAAACCAUUAUAGCAAAGAAGAGCCCUCUAUCCAAUUCUAUGAUUGCAUAUAAUCCUAUUACAGUAAUAUGUCCAGAAAUGGAGAGAUACAGCUGUCUCUCUCCACUCUCAUAUAACACUAUACUAGCCUGAGUGCCAGUCUGAUUGUGCUAUCAUACUAACUCCUUAACGCUUAUUGUCAUGCCAAACAUGUUUGGUUUGACAAUGACAGCGAUGGAGUUUGUCAAGAGCACAAACAGAUUUGGGGCCUGGCUAACCCUAUACCUGAUAACUGCAUCACAUUUUACUCUCUGGUGUUUGACACUCCAUUGACACUGCCUUAACCCUACACUACCACACCACGUCUUAGAUUGUGUAUAUUGGUGUAGGGUGAAGUUUCCCCUAGACGCUGAUCCUGGGUCAGUUUUGCAUUUUCCACACUGAUGGUUAAGGUUAGAAUAGGGGGAGGAGAAGCUGAUCCUAGAUUUGUACCUAUAGGAAAUUUCACCCCGGAGCCCUAACAUUACCACGCCAUGUCUUACAGUGUGUAUAUUAAUUCAUUAUUAUUGUGUAUAUUAAAUAUUGUGUAUAGAAGUGAUAUUCAUGUGUUAUAACUGGAAUCCAUCCUUGUAGUGUAAAUAUGUCAUGAGAAGUUAUGUCAUUUAUAUAUAUACGUCACAUGGCAUAUAUACGUCAUAUGGCAAAGUUCAUCCUAAUACAAUACGUGCCAAUUUUAAAAAAAUAUAUGUAUAUACAGUGGGGAGAACAAGUAUUUGAUACACUGCCGAUUUUGCAGG